GCUGUCGCGCGUGGGGCGGGACCGCGCGUCCGUCUGUGUCUUAUGUCCGUGUCCCCACGCGCGGAGCCGCCCGCACACACGCGAGGUUUGGGGGGGGGGGCGGGCGUGGCCGGAGCCCCCCCCACCCACCCCCCCCCCCAAGGCGCCCGUCCAACGGGUGGGCGCGUUGCUAAGGGAGCGGCGGGCCAAUGAGGACGCGCGUUGCUGUUGCCCGGCGGCGCGGCGGGCCGGGCCGGGCCCGGCGGGGAGAUGAGCGGGCCGCCAUGGAGAUCCGGUGCGGGGGGCUCCUCUUCAGCUCCCGCUUCGACUCCGGUAACCUGGCGCACGUCGAGCGGGUGGAGCCGGCCGGGGCGGGGGGCGGCCCCGCUGCCGCCUGGGGUGCCGCCCUCCCCGCCGCCGACUACGAGUUCAACGUCUGGACGCGGCCCGACUGCGCCCAGACCGAGUAUGAGAACGGCAACAGGUCCUGGUUCUACUUCAGCGUGCGGGGGGGGGCUCCGGGGAAGCUGAUCAAGCUGCACAUCCUGAACAUGAACAAGCAGAGCCGGCUGUACUCCCAGGGCAUGUCCCCCUUCGUGCGCACCCUGCCCGUGCGGCCCCGCUGGGAGCGCAUCCGCGAGCGGCCCAGCUUCGAGAUGGUGGAGACGCAGUUUGUGCUGUCCUUCGUGCACCGCUUCCUGGAGCACCGCGGUGCCACCACCUACUUUGCCUUCUGCUACCCCUUCUCCUACACGGAGUGCCAGGAGAUGCUGGCGCAGCUGGACGGCCGCUUCCAGGAGUGCAGGCACAUGUCUCCCACCAGGAGUCCCACUGAGCGUCUCCCCUCGCCCUGCAGCCCCCUCGACUCGGUCUAUUACCACCGGGAGCUGCUCUGCCACUCCCUGGACAAGCUGCGAGUGGACCUGCUCACCGUCACCUCGUGUCACGGCAUGCUGGAGAAGCGGGAGCCCCGGCUGGACAAGCUCUUCCCGGACACGACCACUCCCCGGCCGCGCCGCUUCGCGGGGAAGAGGGUGUUUUUCCUGAGCAGCAGAGUCCACCCGGGAGAAACACCGUCCAGCUUCGUCUUCAAUGGCUUCCUGGACUUCAUCCUGCGGGAGGAGGACCCCCGCGCCCAGAUGCUGCGGCGGAUGUUUGUUUUUAAGCUCAUUCCCAUGCUGAACCCCGACGGGGUGGUGCGAGGCCACUAUCGAACUGACUCCCGCGGGGUGAACCUGAACCGCCAGUAUCUCAACCCCGACGCCGAGCUGCACCCUGCGGUGUUCGGGGCCAAAGCUGUCCUGCUCUACCACCACGUCCACAGCCGCGUCCUGCCGGGCUCUCCUGACUGGAGGACGUACGUCUCCCCGCUCGGCACCAGCUCCCUAAGCACAAAAUCUUCCAACCAGCCCUCCCGCCGCGGUGCCCCGGCGCCGGAGGCUGCCCUUUCGGAGCUGGAGAAAGCUAACAACCUCCGCAACUCGCCCAGCGCCUGGCGUGCGGGCGCGGGCCGUGGCCCUUCUCAGGACCCCCGGCUCCCGGGAGCGCCCGCCGCCGACCCGGCCCUCUGGAUCCUCCCGUCGAGCCGCACCGCGGGGCGCUGGGAGGGGGGAGCCCCCAGCCCUCCGCCAGCCCCGAUCCCCGAAACCAUCGCGCCCCAGGACAGCGGGCUGGCUUACUACGUCGAUCUCCACGGCCACGCCUCCAAGCGUGGCUGUUUCAUGUACGGCAACAGCUUCAGUGAUGAAAACGACCAGGUGGAGAACAUGCUGUUCCCCAAACUCAUCUCCUUGAACUCGCCUCACUUCGACUUCACGGGCUGUAACUUCUCGGAGAAGAACAUGUACGCCAGAGACAAGCGGGAUGGGCAGUCGAAGGAGGGCAGCGGGCGGGUGGCCGUCUACAAAGCCUUGGGGAUCAUCCACAGCAGAUGCAGCGUUUGCCUUUCUCAACCCACCAGGGACACACACACCCCCUCCAACUCCCUGUCACCUUCUGGAGACGACCAAAAGGAGCCCCUCAAGGACCUCGGCGGCCCCUCGGCACCCUUGGGUGCUGCCCCUCGGGGCCCAUGGGCUCACACGGAGAGCGUUUCUCAGGAGAUCCCUGGCUGGGUUAAGCUCCGUUUCUGGUGGUUGUCCUCCUGGAGCCCCAUCUCUGGGCAGAGCGAUCCUCCCAGCCCGCCUUGCUACACGCUGGAGUGCAACUACAACACGGGGCGCUCGGUGAACAGCAUCCCCGUGGCCUGCCACGACAACGGGCGGGCCAGCCCGCCGCCCCCUCCCGCCUUCCCCUCCAAAUACACCGUGGAGCUGUUUGAGCAGGUCGGGAGAGCCGUGGCCGUGGCAGCGCUGGACAUGGCGGACUGCAACCCCUGGCCCCGCAUCGUCCUCUCCGAGCACAGCUGCCUCAGCAACCUGCGCGCCUGGAUGCUGAAGCACGUGCGCGGCACCAAGGGUGCAGGCGGGGGCCCGCGGCGGCGAGGAGGUGCCAGGACCCCCCCCAGGAGCUCCACCGGUCUCCCCACCUCGGCCUCCGAUAACGCCCUGUCCCGCACGAGGAGCUGCAGCAACGGCACCAGCGGCAGCCAGGACUCGCCGCAGAUCAAAGCCUCCCCCAGCUUCACUUUCGGCAGCGGCAGAGCCCCGGCUCCGACCGCCGCCGCCCGGAGCCCCCCCAAAAGCAGCGGCAGAGCCCCGGCGCCGGGCAGAGGGACCCUGCCAGCGCCCAGCGCCCAGCACGGACCGCGGGAGGCCCAGCGCGGCGCGGGAGAGCCGGCGGCUGCCCCCGGCACGGCACCGCUGCAGGUGCCCCCCAAGAAGCUGGAGGCCAGGAGUGCCCCGGAACAGCCUGGCCCAGGGGGGCCCCCCCUGCGCCCCAGCAGGAUCCCGGUGUGGAGGAAGGGGGCAACGACCAGCCGGAGCCCACCGGGGCUCCCCAGGGGCGAGCCCCCCGCCUCGCAGCCAGGGCUGGGCCAGCAGCCCCCCCCCGGGGGGGCUCAGAGCGCCGAGGGACUCCUCCUGCACAGGGGCAAGGGGCUGCACCCCCAGCACCCACCCGCUGGCCCCCCCUCGCUCGGCUCCUACCGGCAGCUCCUCUCGUUCUGCGCCGAAGCCUGACCGCCGGCACCGCACCGGGGGGGGGGGGGGCACCCCCGCCAAAACCGACACAGCGCCAGCGCAGAGCCCCCCCCCCCCCCCCGGCGGGUCCCGGCACGGCCACGCCCCUCCCCGGCGGAGGGACGCGAGAGAAUUAUUUUUUUGUUUGUUUGUUU